GCCGGGAGAUGUCGGCGGCGGGCCGGGCGGAACCCCUAGGUCGGCCCGGCAGCUUUGCGAAGCGGGUCCUGGUGACCGGGGGCGCUGGUUUCAUUGCGUCACAUGUGAUUCUCUCCUUGGUAGAAGAUUAUCCAAAUUAUAUGAUCAUAAAUCUGGACAAGCUCGAUUACUGUGCAAGCUUGAAGAAUCUUGAAACCAUUUCUCACAAAGUGAACUACAAAUUUAUACAGGGCGACAUAUGUGAUUCUCACUUUGUGAAACGGCUUUUUGACAAAGAGAAGAUAGACAUAGUACUGCAUUUUGCUGCACAAACACAUGUAGAUCUUUCAUUUGUCCGUGCUUUUGAGUUCACAUACGUUAAUGUCUAUGGCACUCACGUGCUGGUCAGUGCUGCUCAUGAAGCCAGAGUGGAAAAAUUUAUUUACGUCAGCACAGAUGAGGUGUAUGGUGGGAGCCUUGACAAGGAAUUUGAUGAGUCAUCUCCCAAGCAACCCACAAACCCGUAUGCGUCAUCCAAAGCGGCUGCCGAGUGUUUUCUGCAGUCCUACUGGGAACGCUACAAGUUUCCAGUUGUUAUCACAAGAAGCAGUAACGUGUAUGGACCACAUCAGUAUCCAGAGAAGGUUAUUCCAAAAUUCAUAUCUCUACUUCAGCACAACAGGAAAUGCUGCAUUCAUGGAUCAGGGCUUCAAAGAAGAAAUUUUCUUUAUGCUGCUGAUGUAGUAGAAGCAUUUCUCACUGUCCUCCAAAAGGGAAAACCAGGAGAAAUUUAUAACAUUGGAACUAAUUUUGAAAUGUCAGUCGUCCAGCUUGCCAAAGAACUAAUACAACUGAUCAAAGAGACCAAUUCAGAGUCUGAAACGGAAAAUUGGGUUGAUUAUGUUAAUGAUAGACCUACCAAUGACAUGAGAUAUCCAAUGAAGUCAGAAAAAAUACAUGGUUUAGGAUGGAGACCUAAAGUGCCUUGGGAAGAAGGAAUAAAGAAAACAAUUGAGUGGUACAGAGAAAAUUUUCAUAACUGGAAGAAUGCGGAAAAGGCAUUAGAACCUUUUCCAGUACAGGCAUCGUUUAUAUAACCAUGGCAGUUUCCAGACAAACAAGGAAAUUAUCCUACCUCAAAAAAUGCUAACAAACGGAGUGACCAAAAUGAAUUGUCCUUUCCAUCUGGAAUUAGAUGCCUGGCGUCCGGGUGCAAAUCCAGUGCAGGAUGUUCCAGUCUUCAGAAGAGUUUCAGCGUUGGCAAGGAUUUCAAUGUCAAAAUGUUUUUUCUGGAGUGUUCUUCCUCUGCAAAUGAAGAAGAAGAGACAGAGAAAGACUCUCCCAAGCAGCAGGCCAAGAGUCAUCUCCUCUCCUGAGAAAAGAUGCAGGUGAUGGUGCUGGGCAGGCAGCAGCCUUAAUUGGCUGUGAACUCAGUGGCUUCCCUGCCGUUCCCUGGGCCCAGAAAGUCAAGGUUUCAUUUGAAGGCAAUAUAGAGUGUGUCUCAUACCCCCAUUUACUCUUUUUUAAUUUUUAAAACAAGUCUGAAGUUGUGCUAUAGUUGCUUUAAAUAUGAAACAUGUAUAUAGAAAAAUGGAAGCAUAUCUAGCACUUUUGAUAAUUUUUUAAAAUAGAAAAGUUAAAUGCUUUUCAAAAGAAGGAUAUACAAUUUUUAUAUUUUCAGAAUCAGGUGUUGACCCACGUAUAAAGUGUAUUUCAGAACCUUUACCAUGUACUAGCUUUUUAAAAUGAUUUUAUUUAUUGUCAGUGUUAUAAUGUAUUUAAUGUAGAAUGCGACUUUCUUAGUAAUGUAUUUUUAUUUUGCCAUAAGAAAUUUGAAGGGUGGGUGUUGUGGCUGAGUGGGUUAAGCCACUUCUUGGGAUGGUUGCAUCCUUUAUCAGAGGAGCUGGAAUUGCGACCCAUCUCUCUUCUAAUCCAACUUCCUGCCAAUGAGACUGGAAGGUAGCAGCCGGUGGGCCCAAGUACUUGAGAGGCCCUAACUCCUUGCUGCAGCCUGGCCCAGCCCAAACUGUUGAGGACACUUUGGGAGUGAACUAGCAAGUGAGAGAUCACUCUCUCUGUAGCUUUCCUUUUCUCUCCCUCUCUCCUUUUCUCUGUCUUUCCCUUUGUCACCCUGCCUUGCAAAGAACAGUUUCCAAAAAGAAUUAAUUUCUAAAAAAAAAUUAAAUAAAUUAUGCAUUUGCAAUCUCUUUUUGUUCUAGAGUAUUUUUUGGUAAUUUGAAAAAUUAACUGAUGGGUAUUGGAUUGAUAAAAGGAAAUAAGUGAAGUUGCCCUUUCUUAAAGUGUGGAUUUUCAUUUGAAGGCUUUAUAACUCUUCACUCAGAUGUCGUAAUUCACCUUUUAAAUGCAGUUACUGCUCGACACCCAUUGCCCUGACUGAAGGGGAGUGGGUGGACAGGUGUGUGCGUUGGAUCCUGUGGAAGAGGAGGCCUAUAAAGAUACAAGAGGGAAGAAACCACAGUAUGGUGGUGCUGGCUGUGGCGAUGUGGGCAGAAAGACAGCGCUGUUGGGGGAAUUACCUGCUGGGCCCUUGAAGAUGGAAAGGGCCCAGUGAGGUCAACAUACGCUAAUGCCCCUGUCGAUUUCCUCAAGUAAGAGUUACUGCAGUGGGAGCUCAGCAUGCUGCCAGUGGCUAGUUUGUUCCUGGCCCCAAGAACAGGUUUCACUGUGCGGCUCUCUCUAUUCCAUCCAGGUGUCCAUCAGUUUUUGGGUGGCCGAUGAUUAACAGCUAGCCAGUUAACAGGCUAAGAAUUUCCUCUGUUGGAUGGAGCAGUGCCUCUGCCACAAUGGUUUCUUUCUGCAGGGACUGAGCAUGCAAGUGACCUAACUAGAGUCUUAACUGCUCAACCGGGCACUUGCUGUGGAGAAUUCUGACACAUGCCACGGCAUGGGUGAUGUGAACGCAUUCUCUGCUCAGCAAGCCAGACACAAAAGUGCAAACAUGGUCUGUUCCUCGGUUUGCCUGCCUUUCCGCUCUCCGCACACACACCUCUCCCCCUCGGUCUCUGCCCCAGGCAGAGCCUCUUGCUUUUUCCUCUCUCCACUGUCUGACCACAGAAGGUUCACAGCGCGCUCUCCAACCCCCAGCCUCACACCAGCUGAAAGAAAGGUAAACCCGUUUUCCUGUCUCAGUGUUUCCUGUUGAGUUCCUGCAAGGUGUGUAGUUUAUUUAUUGUUUAGAAAGGCAGGUGUUUGAUCCUUACUUUGACACUUCUUUGUAGAAAUGUCAGUCUUUGAGGGAUUAUUUCUUGAACCUUUCUUAGCUUUUUCAUAAUAUUUCUAAUACAGCUGUGUUUAUAGUUAAACUAUAUAUUCCAACUGACACACCCAAUAAACUGUUUUUCUCCAUUCCCAAUGUAACCUUUCUGUCCAUUCAAAAAGCAGCAAACCUCCUUAUGUCAUCUUCACUUAAGUCAAUUUUCGAGGGAUGUGAAAGAAACAAUGGUGGAGAAUGAGAGAAGGAACUCGAAUUCUUUUACCUCUAAAUUACGGGCAAGUCCUCCAACUAACGUCUGAGGAGCUCUGGGCUUUGCUUUGCUCUUCAUUUACUGACUUGGAACGAAAACAUUGCUCUCUGGAAGAGUUGUGAGAGUUUAACAG